AUGGGUGGUGCCUUGCGAAGCGGUGAUUGCGCACGGACGCCUAAUGUUGCAUCGGGAGUACCGACUUCCGGACAAUCCGGGCCAUCAUCUUCCACAGCACACGAUGGACCAUGUGCAGCAAUGACAACAGCAUCAAGCGCCGGUUACAGCUGUAGCAGCGACGCCAGCUCAUCCAUCUUAAGCACCAAUGGCAGUUGUGAGGUAGUGCGAUAUUUGAUGUCGUCUCUUAUCAUCUGGCUGCUGCUAGCUACUUCAUUUUCCGCCAUAAUUAUGGUUGUUUUUGCAUGCUGUGCUUGCUUGUUUUGGCAAGAUGAUAUUCUCUGUUCAGUGAUUAGUUGA